AUGCAGAUUGCAGGUUGCCAAAGCCUAUCCCCAGGUGGAGUCGGGCAAAUGCACACACAAAUAUGUCGCAGAGUCAAUGUGAGUAGGAUGAGCCAUAAAGAAACCCACGUUAUGCGGUGGAACAAUAUUAAAAUAAUAGAAGCAUCUAGAGGUUUCGUAAGAGGUUUUUUUUUAGUGGAACUCUUUUUUGGCGUUCCGUCGUCGUCAAUAGGAAUCUUGCCCCGUGACAAGCUUAAGGCUAAGUCUGAAAGAGACUAA